UAUCUUUAAAAAUGUUAUAUUUUUUUACCUAAUAAAUUUAACACGUGAGAGUUAUGGAUGUAAGAAUAAAAAAAUUGACUUUUUUGGUCAAAGUAGAGCGAUGGGUACUAUAAGCAAAGGGCCUAUGCUUCUCGAAGCCCAAGCCAGUCCAUUUCCUAAUGGGCCCAAUCGACUUUUGACUUUUAUGGGCCGAAGUGUCAAAAGCCGAAAACGAUGGUCUCUGUCUGGGCCUAAACAAGUGGAAGCCCAAGAAAUGAAAGAACCUCCGUGUUUCUUCUUCUUCUCUGUAUCGGCGGAGGAAUUCGGUGAGAGAGAGAAUUGAAAUGGGGAAAUCCUUCACUCUGAUUCAGACAAUUGCGACUGCCGGAGCCUUCUCUGCGAUUUCAUUCUGGUAUGGUUUCAUGUUUGGAAGAGAGUCCGCUCGUAAAGACUUGGGAGAUUUGAUUCAAGAUCUACGCCGAGGAGUCUCUAAAUCCGAUUCUUCUUCCGAAACUCCUCAGUCUUGAUUUGGUACCUUAUGUCCUUUUCCUCGAUACGCUUAGGUAAUGAUUUUGGAUAGGAUUGUGUUGGAGAAGUCUAUUGUGGAUUAAUGAACGAGAAAUUUCACCUUCUGGAACAAGGAGAUCUGUAGUUUUUGAUUUGAGGCGUUUUGUGAAGUAUCGAUUAACUUAGAUAUUUGGAACCCAUAUCGAUUUUGUACACAGAUCAAGGCGUUUUGUGGGUCUCUCUUCAAUCCUUCCAUUUCUUUUUUGUUAUUCUCAUCAAAUUUGCAAAUUUUAUUUUAGAUUUUUUCUUCA